CAAACACCUGAUUUUACAGAGUAGUCAUACCAACACACUUUGGAUAGAAUCCUUCUUUUGCCAUGCAGGAUGUCAACUUCCAACAUCAGUGAUAAUAGUCUUCCAACCACUCUCUUUCUGACAGGGAUCCCAGGGCUGGAGGACAGCCACAUCUGGAUUGUUAUUCCAUUUUGUGCCAUGUACCUGGUGGCACUGGCUGGAAAUGCUGCCCUUAUAAUGAUCAUCGCCAUGGACAAUACUCUUCAUGAGCCCAUGUCCCUCUUUCUUUGCCUUCUCUCACUCACUGACCUGGCCCUCAGCUCUACCACCAUGCCCAAGACACUGGCCAUUUUGUGGUUUCAUGCUGGUGAGAUUUCCUUCAAUGGCUGCCUAGCCCAGAUGUUUUGCAUCCAUUCUAUCUAUGCUUUGGAGUCCUCAGUUCUUCUUGCCAUGGACUUUGACCAAUAUGUAGCUAUCUGCAAACCUCUCAGAUAUACAACAAUUCUCAACCAUAAUGUCAUAGGCAAAAUCACCCUUGUUGGGAUAUUCCGUAGUGUAGCCAUUGUUUCCCCCCUUAUCUUCUUGCUGAAGCGACUCCCCUACUGUGGGCACCAUGUCAUGACAUACACAUACUGUGAGCACAUGGGCAUUGCUCGACUGGCCUGUGCCAACAUCACUGUCAUUGUUGUCUAUGGACUGACUGUAGCUCUGCUGGCCAUGGGUCUGGAUUUCAUCCUCAUUGCAAUCUCCUAUGGCUUUAUCCUCCAAGCUGUCUUUCACCUACCAUCUCAUGAUGUCCGGCGCAAGGCUCUAAGUACCUGUGGUUCCCAUCUUGGAGUCAUCCUGGUUUUCUACAUGCCUGCCUUCUCCUCCUUCCUCACACACCGCUUUGGCAGACACCAUGUCCCCAAGCACGUGCACACCUUUCUGGCUAAUCUCUAUGUGCUGUUGCCUCCUGUACUCAACCCAAUCAUCUAUGGAGCCAGGACCAAGGAGAUUAAAAGUCGACGUCUCAAACUGCUUCACCUGAGGAAGGACUCAGUAUGA